AUGGCAAAGCUCGGAGAGGUGUUCGCACAGAGACCCUGGCAGACCUCCCAGAUGGCGGAGCAAGAGCUGCAGUUUCCCGAGAUCGGUUACCGUGGCAACGCCCAUGGCGCAGGCUACCCCAAGCUGCCCGCCUACGCUGAGGGAAGGUCCCCCCCUGUCCUAAAAGGUAAAGAUCCUUUGGUUUCUGCGUCCAGUGUUGGCAGGCCUUCGAGUCGCCCUGACCUGGACUCACUCCAGUACGAGAACACAAGGCGUUUACAAAGCUUGUCCUCCAAAAACAGCACGGAGGCCGACAGCUUGUUCCUGCACUUAGACCACGGUGGUAGACACAGAAACCCUUCAUCUUCUCAAAGAGCACAAGACUCGGAGCCCCCUCCCUACGACAUGUCCCACAGGCACAGGAACCCUUCUGCGUCUUCGGUCAAGUCCGCAAACCAGGAUACAGACUGGUUUUUUGAACCCUUGAACCGAAGCAGGAAUCCGUCAUCAUCGUCUUGGCUGACAGACUUCACGUCCAUACGCAGCCGAAAUCCAUCUGGUUCAUCAAAUCGUCGAAGCCGUCCAGGCAGCAGCAAUUCAGAUAGGGAAUUUAAUUUAACAAAUAUCGAUGAGUUUUCUUUUCUUCUUACUGAUCUUGGACGCACUCGGAGCAGGAACAGCAGUGGGG